AUGGAGCAGACAAAUGCUUCCAGCCUCCCCGGCUUCAUACUGCUGGGCUUCUCCUCCCACCCAGAGCUGCGGCGCCUCCUCUUCCCCCUCUUCCUCACCAUGUACACGCUGACCCUGCUGGGAAACUCCCUCAUGGUCCUGCUGGCCCGCACUGACCCCCGCCUGCGCUGCGCCCCCAUGUACAUCCUCCUGGGUCACCUCUCCAUUGUGGAUGUGGCCUUCUCCUCCACCACGGUGCCCCGAGCCCUGAUGGACCUGCUCUGGGGCAAUAGGGCUGUGUCCUACGUGGGCUGCCUGGCCCAGACCUAUUUCUUUGUGGCAUUUGGCAUCACUGACAGCUUCCUCCUGGCCUGCAUGGCCUUCGACCGCUAUGUGGCUGUGUGCCACCCACUGCGCUAUGCUACUGUCAUGGGCCCCAGCUGUUGCCUUGGGUUGGUGGCUGGUUCAUGGGCUGUGUCCCACCUCCACUCAUUGCUCCAUGUGGGACUGCUGGCCCGGCUCUCCUUCUGUGCGUCACGAGAGAUCCCGCAUUAUUUCUGUGAUGUCCAGCCUUUGCUGCGCCUGUCCUGCUCCUCCACCCGUGUCAAUGAGCUGGUGGCCUUCACUGAGAGCUCCGUGAUUGUCAUGGGGCCCUUCCUCUUCAUCCUGGGUUCCUACAUCUUCAUCCUCACUGCUGUGCUCCGGCUACCCUCAGGUGAGGGCCGCCGCAAGGCCAUGUCCACCUGUGGUUCCCACCUAGCUGUGGUGGCCCUUUUCUAUGGUACCGUCAUUGCUGUCUACAUACGCCCAGCAUCCAGCUACUCAGCUGAUCAGGGCCGGGUGGUGACGGUGGUGUACACAGCACUCACCCCCAUGCUGAAUCCCCUCAUCUACAGUCUCCGCAACCAGGAGGUGGCAGGGGCCCUGCGCCGGGCUCUAGACAAACUGCAGGCCCCAGGCAGGUGA